UCGAUAGUCAUCUUUCUAAAUAUUUGUAAUUGAAAAAAUAUAUUUUUUUGUUGAUAGUGCUAUGUAUUUAUUAAAAUAAUGUAUGGUUCCGCACUAUAUACGGGUCGAAAUUAUUUGCAGCAAAAGUAGGACGAUGUUUAGGUAUAUAAAACGAGAUAAAGUCAUCUAGGGACAUACACAUAUCGAUAUAAAUAAUGCGUUUUGCUGUAAUUGGAAGAACAUUAAGAUUACAAUCAAAGGCAAAUUAAAGAGUGAAGAGAGCACUUGAGUAAUACAAGAAUGGCCGUGAAGCACAUUUACCUCUUUCUCUUCUUAUACAUUGCUCUUCUAGUUUCAGAAGGGAUGGCUACUACUCCAGGCCGGACUAUGACCACAACCGCGGGAAGACCGGAUGGGAAGACUGGUCGGACGGAAUGGCUGUACGUAGCCGGAGAAUGUGCGAAAUUACCACGUUGCAACAAAUAUUGCGUCACCAAUGGGUUUCAUCUCGGUGGGUUUUGUAAGAAAUUGUCCCCUCAAGCUUCUUCUCUCUCUUGUGUCUGUAAGUAUACCUAGGUUUCAUCAAACACAUGAUCAGUUUCCUCUUUGGUGUUGGGAGAGAUAAUAAAGUGUUGUUCAGAAGUUAAGCCUUGACUUGUUGGUCCAUUCUACUUGUAAUGGUUUGAACUUGUAAGCCUUGUAUCUCUUUGUUGUUUAAUAAUUCCGACUUUAGAAAAUUAGAUCAUGCUAUAAAGAAGCAUAAUUCUUAAAGUUUGAUCUCAUAAUAAGAAUCUUUGAAUUGGUUGUACUUAAA